AUGACUGAGCUCAAUGGAAACUCAGAGGGAGGACGGAGAGCCCCCAGUCAGGUGUACAGCAGGUCUCUGGAAACUCCGAGGAGGUAUCCACUUCCCCCAAAAUGGGAAGGGGCUGACAGGGCCGGCAGCAUCUCCAGCAAGUAUGUCAACCCACCAGAGAAUGAGCAGCAGCCCAUGAAGGUGAAUCCACCUCAAGACUGUCAAGAGACAGUGGGGGUAGAUCCACCUCAAAACCAGUUGCAGCCAGUGCAGGUGGAUCCAACUGAAUCAAGCCUCCUUGGGCAUUGCACCGUCCUGGCCCAGCUGCCUCCAGCAUCACGGUGCCCAAAGUGCCGAAGGGCUGUCGCAGACUUCCCGGGACCACCAAAACCUCUGGCUCCAAACAAGCAGCACCAACCCUGCUGGCGAUGCCGGCUGGAACUGAUCCCAGCCGCAGCGGCUUUGGAUGGGGCCUCAGACGCACCUGGCUGCCCAGCUGCAGCUGAACCCCGCUGUGCCGGCUCCUCAUCCCGCCCCUCAGGCAAGGCGGGCACCUCCUCUGCCCUCAGCCCUGCGGCUAGGCGAGGAGCGUUUGCCAUCUGCCGCCGCCAGCCGCACUGCGCCGCCGGUAAACCGUUGGGGACCUUCGGAGCCCGCCAGAGAGAGCCAGAGCCUGCCAGAGGGCGCCAGAGCCCACCAGAGAGCGCCGGAGCCCGCCAGAGGGCGCCAGAGCCCGCCAGAGAGCGCCGGAGCCCGCCAGAGAGCGCCAGAGCCCGCCAGGGAGCGCCGGAGCCCGCCAGAGAGCGCCGGAGCCCGCCAGAGGGCGCCAGAGCCCGCCAGAGAGCGCCGGAGCCCGCCAGAGAGCGCCAGAGCCCGCCAGGGAGCGCCGGAGCCCGCCAGAGAGCGCCGGAGCCCGCCAGAGGGCGCCAGAGCCCGCCAGAGAGCGCCGGAGCCCGCCAGAGAGCGCCAGAGCCCGCCAGAGGGCGCCAGAGCCCGCCAGAGAGCGCCAGAGCCCGCCAGGGAGCGCCGGAGCCCGCCAGAGAGCGCCGGAGCCCGCCAGAGGGCGCCAGAGCCCGCCAGAGAGCGCCGGAGCCCGCCAGAGAGCGCCAGAGCCCGCCAGAGAGCGCCGGAGCCCGCCAGGGAGCGCCAGAGCCUGCCAGGGAGCUUCGGAGAUGGCCGCGGAGCCUUGCGGAGCUGUGA